AUGUUUACUCGCCUUCGUCCGAUAUUGACACGACCCCAGCACGCCUGUUUCUCGGUCAGUGCCCAACGUUUUCAUAAGCCAAACGCACGCAAGCAACUUCAGGGCAGUGGCAACGUGCCACAGCGAGCUGGCAUUGCCAAUGACAAGCAAAUCUACCUUGAUUGGAAUUCUCGCAAGACAUCCGUGUACCAUAAUUUCUGGCUACGAGACCAUUGCCAUUGUGACCAGUGCUACCAUGCACAAACACGCCAACGUCUUGUGGAUACAUUUUCUAUUCCUCGUGAUAUUCAACCUGCUGCUGUGGAUAGCACUUCGGAUGGUUUGGUGGUGACUUGGCCUGAUGGACAUCGAUCUGAAUAUGCAUGGGAUUGGCUACACACACACUCUUACAGCCCUGUGAUGCGUACUGCCGAGCCAUUGGAGCAGGCUACACAAAAGCAGCAAUUAUGGGAUGCUGAGAAACUUGCAUCCAAGUUGCCCGUGGUGGAACAUGGUGCUGUCAUGGAAACGGAUGAUGGAUUACGACAAUGGCUCAACAACUUGGAAGUCUAUGGUAUUGGUUUUGUGGAUGGUGUCCCUACCACAUUGGAAGCCACCGAGGCGUUGGCAAGACGUAUCAGCUUUUUGCGUGAGACACAUUACUCCAAGGGAUUAUGGUCUUUCACUGCCGAUUUGGCACAUGCGGACACAGCUUAUACGACAUUGGCUUUGGGUGCUCACACGGACAAUACGUACUUUACAGAACCCGCUGGCAUGCAAAUGUUCCACAAGCUUGAAUUCCAGGGCAAGGGUGGUGAUUCGCUCUUUGUUGAUGGUUUCCACAUUGCUCAUCAACUAAAGACCGAAAACCCGGAAGCGUAUCGUACAUUGGCAUCCACACUUGUCCCCACACACUCCGCUGGUGAUGAAAAUGUCCUCAUUGUUCCCACCCCACGUGCUUAUCCCAUUCUCAACCAUGGCCCUGAUGGUCGUCUUUAUCAAGUGCGUUACAACAAUGAUGACCGCUCCACCUUGGAUCAUCUUAGCUCCACUCAACUUGAAGCCUUUUAUGAUGCUCUCUUCCAUUGGAACAAGUUACUCAAGAAGUCUGAAAACGAGUUUUGGGAACCAUUGGCUCCAGGUCGUGUUGUGCUCUUUGAUAAUUGGCGUGUGCUUCAUGGACGUAGCGGAUUUACAGGCCAUCGUCGUAUUUGCGGUGCUUACUUCCCCUGGGAUGAUUACAAGAGCCGAGCAAGAACAUUGCGUCUCACUUCAGAGGACAAGGAUAGAUUGUUGUAA